CAUUGCGGAGAAGGCAAAGGUCAGAGGUGUGGAGCUGUCAUGGCGGCGCUGUGUCGGGCUCGUGCCGUGACUGCCGAGGGCCUUUUCCUGCGAGUGUUUCUCUUCUCCCGACCUUGUCGAAGCACAGGUACUGAGACUAGCUCCGGGAGCGGGAGUUCUGAUUCCACGAUCCCCAGAAAGAGCCCAGGCUGCUUCGCGACCGCUUUGGAGAGGCACUCGGAGCUGGAGCAGGAGCUUGGACGAUUAAGAGACUCUGGAAGAAAUUCGGAAUCCUUUGCAUCUAUGCUGAGACGUUGUCCUCUUAUACAGAUGGGACCUGCCAUGGAUAAACUAGUCAUUGGACGAAUCUUUCAUGUUGUGGAGGAUGAUCUUUAUAUAGAUUUUGGCAGCAAGUUUCAUUGUGUAUGUAGAAGACCAGAAGUGGAUGGAGAGAAAUACCAGAGAGGAACCAGAGUCCGGCUGCGGCUAUUAGAUCUUGAACUUACAUCUAGGUUCCUGGGAGCAACAACAGAUACAACGAUACUAGAGGCUGAUGCGAUUCUUUUAGGGCUCCAGGAGAGUAAAGACUCAAAAUCAAAAGAGGAACAUAGUGAAUAAUAAAUGAACUUUACUUAGUGUAUUUAUUCCUUUUUUGUUGAACCCAGGUAUUCACCAAAAAUGCAAUUAGAAAAUGGUGAAUAAAUGAUUGAAAGAAGACAUAAUAAAUGAAAGCUAUAAUUAUA